CGAUCCUAAUUACAUCUGCGAGUCCAUUCAUCAAUACUUGGAGUCAUAAUGGCGGAUCUGAAGAACUUGGGAGCUGAGUAUGACGUCACCAAGAAGACGCUAAAGUCCUCUUGCAAAUUCAAGGUUGCGGACAGCGUUGGGGUCAAGCUGAAGCUGACGAGUCCUGCAAAUGCGCUUAACGUGGAGGUCGAUGGCAAGAACUGGGGCAUCACCUAUGACGUGGUGAAGAAGGACCUUGAGCUCAAGGGCGAGUGGAAGCUUAAGGGUGGUGAGUUUAAGAUCAAGCAGAAGGUCCCCGGCCUGAAGACAGAGCUGCUGCCGUCGCCGGAGGUCCAGUGGAAACAGCAUGUUGUGAAGAAUAAGAAGUUUGCCUGGGAGGUGGAGCCCAGCUACUGCUUCCAGGCUCGCUUGGCUAAGCUUGAGCAAACUGUGGAGUUCAACGGUGGCAAGCAGAAGCUGAAGCUCGAGACCGAUUCCAAGGCCGGCGUCAAGGCCACUGUCGGCACUCUGUCUGCCAAGGUGGGCAACUCUUGGGCCAAGCAGCUGAGCGUGAAGUACAGCAAGGCGGCUGGCCCCAGCUUGACGCAUGAGGUGGAGCCGAGCAACAAGGUGUCGCUCAAGAGUACCGUUGGUAUCAAGGCACGCGACCUGAAGAUCGUGGCGGAGGUGAAGCCGGGCAAGGUCGCGGGCGUCAAGCCGAAGCUCACGCUGGAGGGCAAGGUCACAGCGAAGGCGCCUCUGCAGCCCUCGGGCAUCAUUGCUGGUCUGUCCUUCGAUGUCUAAAAGCUGGGACUCGGAUCUGGUCGUGGCUGGGUUGGGCCACCUUCGGCGGCGUAGGCGGUGGAGGCCAGAUUGCACAGGCACACCCAUUAUAAUCCUGCACGGGGACGUGUUUGGGUAAUGGCCCUCUGAAACCUGCACCGCUGCCAGGAUAUGUUGUGGCACAGUAGAGCAGCUCGCAUCAGUCAAUCGGUGUUCGCGGGCUAUAACUUCACUUGGUUCUCGGAGUUAAGUAGACGGCCAGGAGUCAGGACACGUCCGUAUUAGCCGCAGGGUUGUUAAUUGCAUUAGCUGCCGCGAGCCACAACAAAGCAUGAGGCGCGGACCUCAAUUUAUUCCACAUCACACGUGAAACCUUCACUCGAUUACUUUUCAUUUUCAUCGGAAUUGUUGCACGGGGCACGACGCUUAGUAGUUUCGAACCUUUUCGUUCUGGCAGCGGAACCGAACCGCUUUUUGUUGUGGUAGAUGCGGCGUCCGGAGUCUCAGCGCGACAUUGCGUGUUUCGUAAAGCGUAUCCAGGUGGAAGGUAACAUGAGCACGCAUUAUGGCAGGUGUCUCCGUUUCGGUUGGCUGUCACUUUCCUAUUGCUGCUUACAUACUGCAGCUCACCUGCUAGCGAUAUGCUUGCGAAUGUUUUGUGACCUCACGCUGGAUUGAAGUCAGUCCGAUAGGCCCCGCGAGGAGGGUAGAGCUGGGCGCGAAAGGGGUCAUGCAUGUGUGGCCGAUGCCUGUCAGUGUGCAUGGUAUUUCAAUGUUUAGGGGCUGCUUUUUUUGAAGACGAAAGAAGAUGUAACGAUGUGGGCUGCAACUUCUCUUUACUUUGCGUCUUGGCCGUAAACCCCGAUCCAUGUUGCGGGGAAGGUUAGGACAUGCUUCCAAGGGGAAGCGCUUGGGACAUAUUCACAA